AUGGGUCAAAGUAAUGUUGGGAAGCUGGUUUUCUGCGCUGUAGGGAUCUAUGUUAGUUUUUUAACUUGGGCAUUGGUUCAGGAACCGUUGAAUACUAAUGUUUGGGAAAACUCAAAUGACUUGUUCAAAAGUCCCAAUGUAGUUGCUGUGGCUCAAGGGUUGGCUGCAAUGAUUUUGGGUUACUUGUACUUGAACUGGAUGGGGUCUCAGUAUAGUCCAAUUGAGUUGAUUUGGGAUUAUAAGUGGGACAUGGCAUUGACUUCAUUGACUCAAAGUUUUUCCGCACCAUUGGCUGCUUACAGCUUGCAAUAUGUGGAUUAUUUGACUUAUAUGUUGGCUAAAUCAUGUAAGAUGAUUCCAAUUCUGUUGGUGCAUCUUUUGCUAUACGGUACCUCCAUUCCAAGACAAAAGAAACUGAUAUCCAUUUUUGUCACUAUUGGUGUCACUAUAUUCACCAUCGGUGGUAAUAGUAAAGGUAGCAAGUUAAAGGACAAUGACAAACACCCAAGUGCAAUGGGAUUUGUCAUGUUACUGUCAAGUCUGUUCAUGGACGGCUUAACCAAUGCCACUCAGGACAAAAUGUUGAAAUCAAACAGAAAGAAUAAUAGCAAAAAUUCAAAAGACAGAUUGAUUACUGGUGCACACUUGAUGUUUGCAUUAAAUAUGUUCAUAAUCAUUUGGAACCUUUCCUAUUUGAUGUUUAUCGAUAAAUCUCAGUGGCAACACUCAUUGAAAAUGAUGACUUUGGAUCCAGUAAUUGUAAAGUAUCUAAUCACUUACGCUAUCUGCGGUGCCAUUGGCCAAUGUUUUAUCUUCUUUACACUGCAGAAUUAUGGGUCUCUUGUGUUGGUUAUGAUUACUGUCACAAGAAAGAUGGUGUCGAUGCUUUUAAGUAUCGUGGUCUUUGGGAAAUCAAUUAAACCAUUCCAAUGGAUAGGUAUCUUCGUGGUUUUUGCCGGUAUAUCAUGGGAAGCCAUUGCAAAGAAGAAGACUGCUGAAAAAGUUACCACCGAUAAGAAGGAAAACUAA